AUGUCUUCAAGUUCCUCCGUGAAUCAUCAUCAAGAAGAAGAAGAAGAUUCCAAUCAUGAUUCUAACGGAACUGGAACAACGACACCAAAAACAACAACACCUCUUCCUCCUCCUCAACAACAACAUCAUCAUCAAACCAAUAAUACUCCAAUUGUAGAUGCUGCCAUUGUUCAAUCGGAUGAUGGUGUUUGGUUGACCAUUUACGAUCCACAAACAAAAAGACAUUACUAUCAUAACAAAACAAAUGGAGAAACGACAUGGUCCUUACCGAUGAAUUUGAGUUCUCCAAAUUUGAAUACAACAAUGAAUGUUUCAACUAAACUUCACGAACAAUUAAAAUCUCCAGUUUCACCUGUGAUGGAAAUGACAGGUAAAACACCCAUCACUCCCAAGACACCAUCAAAUGCUCACAAAGAUGAGUCAUUGAUCUUGUUGAAUUCAGAACAACCAAAAGGACGUAAAUCGAACAAUACUACUGGCACUCCUUCUGGACAUCAACGAAGUUUAUCUCAAGAUAAUGUCAUGUCAAAUUUGAAAAGUCGAGUGUCACAUUUACAUGCCAUUCCAAUUAAUGUGAAGAAGGAGAUUGAAACCUAUUCUCCUUCAACUGCUGCCAAUUUGGAUGUUAUUGGAAGUGUUCCUGCAAAUUCUGGACUAUUCACUCGAUCUCAAUACAAUAGUGAUGACGAAGAAGAUGAAGAAGAAGACAUCAUUAAGAAUGAUGAUGAGAUUGAAACACCUCGUCAACAACAAGCAACUUUGAAUCUUGAUCUUGUCGGAACCAAGAAGAAUACGAGUGGUAGUGCAAAUGACGACGAAGAUGCAGAAGAACCUUCUGAAAAACCGUUGAGUACUUCCAACAUUGUUCAACACUCGAGUAGUGUCUCCACAACAACAACAACAGGUACAAUCGGCACUACCACUCCAAAGGUUGUCACUUCUCCACAAAUUUCCAAACAAAUAUCAUCAUUAGAAUUGGAAGAUGGUUGGGAAGCUGCAGUGGAUUCAAAUACUGGACGUACCUAUUAUUUCCAUCGACAAACUCAAAAAUCUACUUGGGAACCACCCUAUAAGAAUAAGAAAGUGACACAUUAUCACACUCCUUCUACCAUUGAAAACAUUGCAGAUUACAAAUUGUUAACAGAAGCGGGCUCCUCGAAUAAUGCUCAACCAACAACUCCUCAACGACCAAAAUCUUCUCACAUGGGUACCUCUGCUGAAGAUUCUCAUCAAGAGGCUUCCGAUGCAUUGCCACGAAUUACACAGGGUGAACAUACCUUGAUCAAGUACGGCGUGACACAUUUCCAAAAAUUCAAGAAGGGUCUCUUUAAGAAACAAGUGAAGGUUGACAAAUUGAUUGAAUUCCAAAAGGAUCGAUUGAAUCAAACACUGCAACCCAUUAAAAUGGAACAACAUCAAGAGAAGGCUCUCAGAUGCUUUGAAUUGGUUCAAUUAUUUAUGGGAGACCGUACCUUUGACAAGUGUUCACCAACUGUGAAACAAGUUGUGAAAAGUGGAACCAAUGUUCAUGAUUUUUUCCUUGCCAAGGAAAUUCUUCAAAUUGCUCUACUCAAUGUACCUAUUAGAAAUGAGCUUAUUAUUUAUCUUUGUAAACAAACCAACAACAAUCCAAAGGUUGAGAGUGCUGUGAAAGGUCUUCAACUUCUUGGACUCAUGCUCUCUGCAUUUCCACCAACUUCUUAUGAUUUACAAGAGGGUGUUUUACACUUUUUACAACACACCAUUGUGACACAUCCAAAACUUGGUAAAGACGAACGCAUUCGACAAUUUUCUCUCCUCUCUGAGAAACAUUUGAGAAGAUCUUGUGUCACAGGCCCAAGAAAAACGCUUCCAUCGGACAAUGAAAUUAAGAACAUGUCAAAUCCUCAUCCACCAGAACCAAUAUUUGGUGUUUCCAUUGUAGAAUAUUUGAAAUGGCAAAAGGAAAAAUUCCCACAAUUCGAUCCAUCCAAGCCAUACAUUUUAUAUAUUUUGAGUGAAGCCUUAAAGAAGGUGAAUUUCACAAAUGUGGAAGGUAUUUUCCGAUUGCCUGGAGACGUCUCUCGAGUGGAAGCUCUCAAAGACAAAUUCUGUAAAUGCAAUUUUGAAAUCUCUGAGAAGGAUCCUCACGUGUUGGCCUCUCUUUUCAAGUUGUGGUUGCGUGAGUUGGCAGAUCCACUCAUUCCUCAUCGUCUCUAUGAACAUUGCGUUUCUGUAGCAAACAGUGAACAAGAGAGUGCUGCAGUUUUGGAUCAAUUACCACCCGGAAAUCGUACCAUUCUUAACUUUGUUCUUGAUUUUCUCUCUGACAUGUUACCAAAUUGUAAAAAGACCAUGAUGACAAGUGAAAACUUGGCAGUGGUGUUUUGUCCAAAUAUUCUCAGAUCUCAGUCAUCGGAUCCAAUGGCCAUCAUGAGAAAUGCUGCCUCUGAGAAGCAAUUUGUUCGUAAUUUGAUUUUAAAGACUGCUCGUCAAAAGGGUAUCAGUGAAAAGUAG